AUGGAGCCAAGUCGUUACUCUGUUCUCAUAGUUGAUCGUUCUUCAAGUGAAAGAACUUAUCACCAAGCUUCUCACUUUUCCGAUUCUGAGGAUUCUACAAGUUUAAAUCUUUCAUUUUUAGCUGCUUGCGAUGACGGGUGCAUUUGCGAGAGCAAAAAACAAAAUAUUGAUGACAUUGUUAAAAUUUUUUUAUCCAUUUUCUCUGAAGUUACAACUGUUCCGUCAGGUAGAAAAGCACUAUCAGUAUUAAAAGAUAGAUCUGUAGGAUGUCCUCCUACGAUAUUAUUAAUAGACAUUGAUCACACCGAAGGUGUUAGUCGUGAUUUAUAUGCACGAAAGAAUUCAUUUAUUGUACCUGAUUCGAUGCAUUCUAUACACCUCGAAGAGUUUACAACAACAAGAGACACUUUAUAUGGUCUAGAGUUUUUAAAUUAUGUAUCAAGGGAAAUUUCCAAAGGAUUGUUGGAACAAGUCAUUCCGAUAGUAUGCUCAUGGAGAGAUUCUUUUGAUGUAAUUCUUGAUUGUAUAAAUAAAGGUGCUUCAGAUUAUCUAAUAAAACCUAUUAGACCUGAAGUUGCAAAGACUAUAUUUUUGAAUGCACAUAGGUUUGUUAUUUCGGGUAACAGGUCACCAAUAACUCCAGCUACAAUGGAUUAUUUUCGAAGACCUGCAAUACGGCGUAGUUUCUCUUUCGAGCAGAGGCUUGAAGAAUUUUAUAUUAGAGAUAAUUGGCUAGCAAGAGCUAUCACUGAAUAUUAUACUCCUCCUGAAUCUAUGAUGAAUAUACCUUUUUCCCCAAGCCAGGCUUCUGAAUUAGAGCGAAGAAAUGUUCUUAAAAAUAAAUUAUCUGAAUGGGAUUUUAAUCCUCUAUCACUAGAUGACGAUGAGUUGUUAAAAUGCGUCUUUAUCAUAUUUGAUCAUGUAAUGUCUCUUGAUGAACUCAAAGAAUUAAAUGUGAAAACAGAUCAAUUACAUCGACUCCUUGUGGCAAUUCGUCAAUCUUACUAUGAUACGAAUCCCUACCAUAAUUUUACUCAUGCUGUCGAUGUUUUACAAGCAAUGUUUCUAUUUUUAUGUAAAAUUGGUCUCCUACCUCCUUUUUUUUCUUCAAAGAGACGAAGUAUUAAUUCUAAUCAGCAACGUUGCCGCCCUAAUGAUCAACUAACUGUUAUCGACGCAUUCGCUUUAUUAUUGGCUACCAUUGGACACGAUGUCGAAUUUCGUAAAGUCAUAGUGAGUGCAAUACUUGCUACCGACAUGUAUUUACAUAAUGAUUACGUUAAUAAAAUAAAAGAGGAAACAAAAAAAUUUGAGUCUCUCGAAACAAAAUUUCUUGAUAAACCUAUGCAAGAAAAGAUUCGGAAUACUAUGAUCGGCGCUUGGUCGAACGUUCUACUUGACGAAUUCAAAUGUCAAGGUGAUUUGGAAAGAAAACUCGGCCUCCCCAUUGGUCCAAUGAAUAAUAGACAUGGAGAUAUUACUCAAUCAGAAUCUCAGAUAAAGUUCAUUGACUAUUGUGCGCUGCCAUUGUUUAAGUGCGUGGGUGAUUUGGUACACGAAAUGAAAUUUUGCGUACCUUAUCUCGAACAAAAUAAGAAACAAUGGCAAGAGCACCAUGAAAAUCACAAUAAUGAUACUCAUUCAUUAAAACAUAAGAAUUCAGGUAAUAAUAUCCGUUCAUUAAAACACAAUAGCUCUAGUGACUCUGGGGUUAUUGUUUCAUACGAUAGUCGUAAAAGUUCUCCAAUUACUGCGGUUCCAGCAGCUAGGACCAUGCACCAUCGAUCAUCGGUAACUUAUUUAAGACAAAUCCCAAAUUUACCUGAUGGACCUGAAACGGAGGACUGGUUUAAAUCUAAUGAAGUUCUUAGCACGACAGGUGCUUCAGAUUCUCCAUUAAAUUCACGUCAUGAUGCUCAAAAAAAUUCGAAUUGGCCAAUUUUUUCCCGAAAUAAUAAUCGUUCACUUUCAAAUGUGGUUUACGCCUCUACAUACACCUCUACAGACAAUGUAUCAAAUCAAAACAAUGUGAAUGACAAAUUCACGAUAUGCUGUUGUAUUCAAUAG